AUGGUAGAAGCAUUCAAGAAGGACAUGAUGAAACAAUAUGAGAAGACUGAUUUGGGUUCUAUGAAGUAUUUUCUAGGAAUUCAAGUCCAACAAUUGGAAAAAGGGAUUUUUAUGUAUCAAGAAAAGUAUGCAGAAAAUCUCUUGAAAAGGUUCAAUAUGUUGAAUUGCAAGCCAAUGGAUACUCCAAUGGCAAUUAAUUUAAAGCUUUCAAGUAAUGGUGGAGCACCAAGAGCUGAUGCUUCUAUGUAUAGAAGUAUUGUUGGCUCACUUAUUUAUUUAUCUAAUACAAGGCCAGACAUAGUUCAUGCAGUUAGUGUUGUAUCUCGAUUCAUGAAUGAUCCAAGUAAUCAUCAUUUUGCUGCUGUUAAAAGAAUACUAAGAUAUGUGCAAGGAACCAAAGGAUAUGGCCUCAAAUAUACACAAGAGAAAGAAAGCAUUUUAGUUGGGUUCACAGACAGUGAUUGGGCUGGUGCAAUUGAUGAUAGAAGAAGCACAUCUGGGCAUGUGUUUUUCUUGGGGAAAAAAGUUAUAUCAUGGUCAUCGAAGAAGCAAAGUACAGUGGCAUUAUCAACAGCCGAAGCAGAAUAUAUUUCAGCCACAAGUGCAGCAUGUGAAGCAGUUUGGAUUAGAAGAAUAUUAGCAGAUCUUCAUCAAGAGCAAAACACUCCAACAAAAUUGUAA